AUGGGCUGCGCCGGAGUAGACGACACAUUGAAGCUGUUCAUUUGGUCUUUCCUCACCUCCGCAGCCGUGCGACGCACGCUUCAAAACUCCUCUCUCGAUUCCUCGUCGCCUCCUCGCUCGUCGGCUGCAGAGGCUUCUCGCCUGUCGUGUCCCCUCUCUGCUCCCGCGUCCUCCUUUUCCUCGCAGAACUGCGCUGUGCCGCAGCGCUGUCUUCGCCGCCGGUCGCCCCUUCCCUCUCGUCUGGUCGGAGGCUCCUCCGGCGAUCGCUGUGAGGCCUCCCGCGACUCCGCUCCGGCGGGCUCCAUCGCGGAGGAGGGCGACGCGCCUGCGCGUCCCCUCGCCCUCCCCAUUUCCUGCUUUGAAGCGUCUGCUUCCGCCUCGAUGGAACCCUCGCGCGGGCGGAGGGCCUCUCGCCGGGCGAGGGCUUCAGGCGACAGCCCCGGAGCGGGCGCUCGGCGCGGGCCCUCAGAAGAGACAGGCGGUCUCCGCGAGCCAGGCGACGCGGCCGCGUCCGCUGACGAGGUGGACCGGGGGUCUCCGCAGAACUCGCGAAGCGAUCGCAGGCAAGCCGCCACGCAGGAAAGCCGGCUCUGCGAGGCGCCGGGAGUCGGCGAAGUCGAGAGGGUCGCGGAGACUCCAACGCGGCUGCAGCUGUGCGCGACCUGGGCCGCCGAGGAGGUUGCAGCCUCGGCGGCGCCAGGCGCGUCGCUGGAAGCGGCCGCCGCGAGGGAAGCGAAGGCGUCCGCGCAGAAACUGCGAAGUCGCUUCUUCGAGCUGCUGGAGGAAAUCGCGUUCGACCGGGAUGGAUUUCUCUGCAGCCCCUUCCGCGCAGUUCUCUUCCCCAUCUUGACUGGCUGCGCGUCCCCGUCCCGCGCGGCGCUGAGGCUCGUCGCCUUCCUCCGCGCGCGGCAGCUCGUCCUGCGUGAGCUAGAAGAGGCCAGCGGAGAAAGGGGAGAUUCGCUGCGGAAGGCGAGAGAGGAAGACGCGACAGAAACCCAGCAGCCCGAGCAAGAAGGCAGCCGGCUCACGCUAAGAGAGAAUAGAGGAGAGAACGUGGGUCGCGGAGGCGCAGACGUCCCGUCAUCCCGCAACGGUACCGGGCACGGCCGCGCAGCAGAGAGCCACAGAAGACGGAGAAAGCGGGCAUUCGUAAUCGAGGACGAAAAUGAAGAAGAACUGCAGGGGAAAAAAGAAGAAAGGCGUUACGACGAGCGAGGCGAAGAGGCUCGCAAGAGAGUCGCUGCGAAGCCAGACUCUGCGGGGUGCCGCAUGCAGGUCGCGAGCGCGUUGGAUCGCCAGGCAGAAGGAACCCUGGAAGGGAGGGUGCUUGACGCACCGCAAGGGAGGAAACGGCACGCCGAGGACAUGGAAGAAGAAGAGGCCGCAGGAUGCAGGCGCAUCACCGCGAAUCGCGAUGCCGGUGGAGUCUCGCACUCCCAGGAAAGACACGCAAGCGACACCCUGCGAGCUGAGCUGUGCAGAGACACCCUCGUCGCUCUCCAGUUCUACAUCCGCCUUUCCGCGUUGUCUGCCGCGUGUCCCUCAACCCGUGCGACCCUCGCGUCUGCGGGUGAAGGGGCCGCAGACAGGAUCCAGGGGCGGCCUAACGCCGGAAGAGGGAACGAGGACGAAGAGGCGCUCGUCCGGCUUCUGCAGAGGCCCGCAGGCGAGAAAGAAGGCGCUGCGCUGCUGCUUCUCUGCCUCAGCGAGGCCUCCCCCCGUCGCCCGCCUCCGUCGAGCCGCCGCGAGACACGGCGACUAUCCGCCACCUCGGGGUCGGUUCCCUCCCCGUCUCCACGCGCUCUCAGCGCCGUCGCCGGCGGCUCCGCUGCCUUCGACGAGCAGGCGGCUGCCUGCAAGGAGGCAGAGGAGACUGAGCGACGCGGCUGCGAGACGCUGCGGGCGCUGAAGGCCGUGGGAGUUCGUAGGGGCGUUGCGGACUCAAGCCCCCUGCUGGCGAAGCUGAGGACGCCGGCAGCAUCGUCUGCCACGUCCUCCUGUUUUCUUCUCCCGGGGUUUCCGCUUGCGGCCAGCGCGAGCCACGCGGCGGACUGGACGAUGGAGGGCGAGCUGCUGGCGGCGCCCGCGGAGCGUGAGCAGAUCGCGAAGGACGUUGCGCGCUCGAUGCACCAGUGGCGGAUGGCGGAUGAGCCUGCGUGGGAGGAAGAAGAGAGACCGGCGUCCGUCGAGUUCGUGGAAGAAGAAAACCGACUCGGAGAGGCGAGGGCGUGGGAAGACGCAGAUACGCCGCGCGAAAAUGGCGCGGCGGAGGCGACGCACGCGUUGGUGGGCGCCGGAGGGGCAUGCGCCGAAUCAGCUCGAAGGGGUCAGGCGCGGAGGCUGUCAACACAGGCGACAAGAGGUGGGGCGGACGAGCGCGGUGAAGACCAGGUUGGGGACGCGACGUGCCUGCGAGACGCACUCGAGAAAAUUCUCCUGUCCGUCGUCGCUCGCCAUAGCGGCCGUCUCUUCUACACGCAAGGCAUGCACGAUGUCGCCGCCGCGCUGCUUCUGCUCCUGAUCAACGCCGGCAGAUUCGCCCUCGUCGUCGUCUCGGCGCCUUCCGCGAGUCACGCCGCGGCGUCGUCAAACUCUCUGAGGUCCGCCGCAUGCGUCUCUGCAUCCGCCGAACUUGCAUCCUCCUCGCUGAAAUCUUACGCGCCCGGUCGCCAAGCCUCUCGCGCCUCGUCUCUGGCUGCGUCCCCUGCUCCCGUCGAGUGCACGUUUCCGCCGUCCUUCGCCUCGCUGACUCGUCUGCGCGCGCCCGCGUUUCGCAGUUUCCUCGCGCGGCACCCCGCGCUGGCAACCCACCUCUCCGAGCUUGCUUUUUCGCUGACCGAGCGUCUCUGCGUGUUUCAUCUCUGCGACUUCUUCGCGGCGUCGCUGGACGCCUCGCUGCUUCCUUCGCUCGCGAUCCUCUCGCUCAUUCUGCGGCGCGUGGAUCCCGAGCUCCACGCAGUCUUCCUCUCCGCCUCGCCUGCCUUCGCCGAGGGCCCUCGCGCGGCCGCGCACGCGGGCGACGCGUCUACGGACGAAGAGUCGCUCUCGGGCAAGGAGGAAGAGGCAGCUGGCGCCCGUCGGUGCGGUGCGGGGGCGGCGGAGACCGGGCGCGCGACGGGGAGCGAUGACGUGUGCUUCCCAGACGCGUUUGCGAGCUCGACAGGCGCGGAGCUGCAGCCCUGUACGUCGUGGCUGAUCACAAUCUUUGCGCAUGCCUUCUCGUCCUUUCCUGGGAUGUGCCGCGUGCUGGACUGCUCGCUGGCCGCGCAUCCCCUGUUUCCGCUCUACUUCGCGGCGACGGUCAUCUCCCGGCAGCGGCGCGCCAUAUUCCGCGUCUUCGAGGAGACUCUGGUCUCGCCGCUCUUCGCGCCGCUGCCGCCGCGCGUCGCGCAGGCGCUGGCAGGGAAGACCGCGCAGCUCCACGAAUCGCGAAGCCGCGCCGAGGAGGCGGGCGGCAGGGAUUCAGGGGGAGGGCAGCGAGGCGAAGAGGCGGAGGCGCCGCGGCACCCACUUGACGGCGAAAGCGUGGCGCGGGUGCUUCUGGAGGACGCGCGGGACCGCUGGAGGCGAAGGCGAGAAAGCGAAGAGAGAAAGAGGCGGCGGCCCGCCGGGGGGAGGAGGUCAGGAGAGACGCUUGCCAAGGCCGGUGAGGCAGGCGCCCCUCAAAAGGGUGUGGAAGAGGAGACGCUGCUGGCGGCCGUGCGGGAGAGCCUCGGCGAUGAGGUCUACGUCAAGCUCCACGCGCUGAUUCAGCACAUCGACUUCGACGCGUUGCCGCUGAACGAGAUCCUUAGCGACACCCGCAGGGCCCUCCGCGACUCUGUGCCGCCGGAAUCCGUUCUGCGAGAGGCGAGGCGUCUGUGCAUCCGCCUGCCGCCCUUCUCUCCUGUUUACAACUUCCCGUUUCCGUGGAUGCGGCCAGGAGGCAGGUCUCAGCGCACCUGUGCCUCGCCCGUCCCUCCCUCUGCGUCGACGCAGCCUUCGGCCUCUUCGCCGCCCUCCUCUGCGCCCGCCACUUCCGAAGCGCCCGCCACUUCCGAAGCGCCCGCCACUUCCGAAGCGCCCGCCGAUCCGCGGCGUGCGAGUCCGAUGCGUGCGUCUCUGGCGUCUCGCAUAGCGGGACACCAGCGCGAGGGCUGCGGGGAGGGCGACGGCGUCCUACUUACUGCGCACGCCCUCGACUACUCGCCGUCGGUCCUUGAGCAUCUUCCGGUUCCUUCGCACCUCGCGUCUCUCUUCUCCCGCCAGCGUCGCGACCUGCGCGCAGAGGCGACAGGCGGCGAGCCGGGAGGCGAAGGCGAGGCGCCCGUGGAGGCGUGCGAGGGGGGCCCUCGCGGGCGUUCGCCCUCUUCGGUGGAGGCCCUGGGCGCCGUCGCGUCUGCGGGCUCCCCGCAUGACCUCACAGACCUCUCUGUGCCGCACAAGUUCCGAAAAAAGGAAAGCCGUAAGAGGCGAAGCGGCGCCUCUCCUCCGGUCUGCGCGUCGCCGCGCGCAGGGUUGCCUUCUGCUGUCGCUGCGCUGUCUGCCGCACAGGCCGCGACAGAGCGAAUUGCCGACGCAUCGGCCGAGGGAGAAGAGGAGACGCGCAGGCGGGCGCCCUCGCACACAGUGACGCCCCCCCUCUACCUGUACGUGCCUGUCGAGUCGCGGCCUCCCGCACUGCCGCGAGGCGGAGCAGCAGACGGGAACAGUGCGCGCAGGCGAGACGAGGAGAGUCCGUUCUACCCGUCGCGCUGGACGCGAAUUGACAGGCUGCAUGCGAAGAAGCGACGCGCAGAGGCGUCUGCGAUGUGCGACGAGGCGCCCCUGAGCGGGAGAGUCCCUCAGCUGUUUGGUGUCCGUGCGGCCGUUUCCUCGGGCGCGUUCCUGCUCCAGCAGGCGACGACCUGGGUGGUGAGAGCGGCUUUUGUGUUUUUUCUCAAGCUCCUCUUCGCCGGGGGGCUUCCGCGCCCUGCCGCGUGGGAGCGCGAGGCGACCCGCGCUGCGAGUAAGCCCCGCCAGAGUGGUGCGUGCGCGCAGAGACCGGCAGAUGCAGGAGCUGGCGGACGCGCGAGGGAGAGCGCCAGGAGGGGAGAGCGGCAACCGGCAGAGCCCACAGGCGCGGCGGCCGAGCCUCCUCCUCGCAGUCGAUCGACGCGGAGAGGGACAUCGGCAGGAAAUCCAACGGAGGAGCACGCAGACGCGACAGGCGCUUGCAGAGCGCCAGGCGUCCGCUGGGCGUGGAGAGACGCGCUCAUCCGAUCCCAGAAUGCGCUUCUGCGUCGUCCCUUCGGGCGUGUGCACGCGGUAGAAAAAAUCCACGAGGGGGAGGCUGUCGCCGUAGAGAGGCCGAAGGCCCAGAGCGAGGCCCUGAAGCGGCGAGACAGCGGAGGGAGAUGGAGUGCGUGGUCUGCUCUUCGAGAGGUCCGUGGCUUCGCGCAGCGCAUCGGUCUGUUGUGGAUCUCCCUAGCUCUCCUCGUUCUCGUUGUGGCCGCGGUCCAUUUUGAGAGAGCCUCGUGGCAGCCGUCGUCGCUUGCCGCCUGCUUCUCAGCCCUCAUCCGGCGUUUGGACUCCUUGUUCCCGUCGCUGUAG